AUGGGUAAAGCUAACGGCGAAGACAGCAUUAUUGUUAAAGUAAAGUAUGACACGCCUACAGAAUCGAUGGCUAGGAAUUUUUACCUGCCGUCGAAGGUUAGACUAGAAGACUUGGAGUAUAAGAUUCGCGAACGCUUCGAGAUAACAAGUGAUCUUAAAGUGGAACUCUGUUAUGUAGACGAAGAUGGAGACAGAAUCAUGAUCACUCAUGAUGAUGACAUGUUGCUCGCACUGAGCCAAGAGAGAAAACCUACAUUUGAACUGUUGGUUAAGUCCAAGGUAAGCGAAGAAAUGUGUCUUUAUCCUGAAAGCGCAAAGGGCCAACCGGGCGAAGCAAUUGAAGUAUGGAUUGCUGCUCAAUAUCUUACUAUUGCAACUGCAACGAGAGAAGAUUCAAAGGCAUGGGGAACGUUUAUAUACACAGACGAUUCCGACGUUCUCAAGGCCUUGGUUCAUGCGGACAAGAUCUGCCUCGCUCAUGUUCCACCUCCCUUUAACGUAAUUGCUACGAUUCGCUUCCUCCCUGGUUGCGUAUCUUAUGUUGGUUCCACUCGUAACGACAUAACAACUCAGAGUUAUGAUAGUUAUAGCACGAGCUAUGUAAUCGAACAUGUAAGACUAGUUCCAGCUAUGGCCCGCGCUAACAAGCGUAAAUGA